AUGAGUGAUCGCGGAAAAUGUCUAAAGCCUACCAAUGUCCCGGUGGGCGCCGACGCCUGCGGGCGGGUCGCGAACUUGACAGAAUAUCCAUCGACUAGCGCCUUGACCUCGUUCGCGACCCCCAGCUGACUUGGUUUCCUGCGGGUUCGACCCGAUAGGCGUGGACGACCGUCGCGGCAAUACCCACCCGACCGGGUAAUACCGCCGCCCGGAAAUACCUGUCACCCUGGGAAGUACCCGCUAAGAAUGUCCCUCAAAGCUCGAAAGAGCUCGAACGACUCGAAGUGGCAUUCGAUUACCACCAAGGUCGCGGUUGGAAGCAUUAUACGCGUUUCUUUACGCAAGCUGAUUCCCAAUUGGACUUCGACUUCAUGGUCCUCUACGAUAACACUUAUCGUACAGAGCUUGGCGAUCCCGACACGUCGGGCCACUUCGCUCCUCGGCGCUCAUCUCGGUGA